UAAUUUCCAUUUUUACUCACAUCUUUCUUUCAUUCUCUUCUUCUCCCUCCAUAUUUUCUCAAUUCUUUGACUCAUAGAUUCCAAUGGCUCUGCAAAUCAACGAAGGAGGCUCUUGUUCUUCCACAGCCCGAUUCAUCUAUGAUGUUUUCUUGAGCUUUAGAGGUGAAGAUACUCGCUAUAAUUUUACUGGUCAUUUAUAUCAGGCUUUAUGUGACAAAGGUUUUAACACCUUCAUUGAUGAUAAUCUUCAAAGAGGAGAAGAAAUGUCAACGGAGCUUCUCAAAGCGAUAGAAUUGUCAAUGAUUUCGAUUGUCGUAUUUUCUGAAAAUUUUGCAUCUUCAACUUGGUGUUUGAAUGAGCUUGUCAAAAUUCUUGAGGGUAAGAAUUAUGGCCAAUUAGUUCUACCUGUUUUUUAUAAAGUAAAUCCAUCAGACGUACGUAAACAAGAGGGAAAGUUUGGGAUUGCACUAACUGAACAUGAAGAAAAACAUAACAAAGAUAAGGUUCAAAGUUGGAGGGCAGCUUUAACCAAAGCAACUUAUUUGGCUGGAUUCUCUUACAAGGAUGGGUACUUUGAAUCCGAAACUCAGUUUAUCAAAAAAAUUAUAAAAGAGAUAUCAAGUACCGCAUCAAAGAGGACACAACUAUUUGUCGCUAAAUAUCCAGUUGGAAUAGAUUCUCGUGUGGAGGAGAUAGAAUUGCUUUUGGAUACAAAAUCAAAUGGUGUUCACAUGCUUGGGAUUCAUGGUCUUGGGGGAGUAGGUAAAACUACAAUUGCAAAAGCUGUUUAUAAUAAAAAUUUUGAUCAUUUUGAUAGGAGCUGCUUUCUAGAGAAUGUUAAAGAAAAGUCAAGGACAACCAAUGACAUAAUCCAACUACAAGAGACACUUCUUUUUAAGAUAUUACAGGACACAUAUUUAAAGGUGGACAAUGUUCCCGAAGGAAUUGAAGUGAUAAUGGAUAGGCUUUGUCAUACAAGGCUUCUUUUAAUUCUUGAUGACGUGGAUGAAUCGAACCAGAUAGAAAAUUUGCUUGGAAGAUGUGAUUGGUUUAGUUCAGGAAGUAGAAUUAUUAUAACAACAAGAGACAUGCAAGUGCUAACCACUCUUGGAAAAGCUCAUCUAGUUUAUGAGGUUAAGGAAUUGAAUCAAAGUGAAGCUCAAAAACUCUUCAACCUGCACACCUUCCAAAUGAAUAAACCAGGGGAAGACUAUUCAAAAGUUGCUGAGCAAAUUAUACAUUAUGCCAAUGGUCUUCCAUUAGCACUAAAAGUAAUAGGUUCUGAUUUGUGUGGAAAAAGUAUACAUGAAUGGGAAGAUGCAUUAGAAAAGUACAAAAACAUUCCUCACCAAAAAAUUCAAGAAAGUCUCAAAAUAAGUUAUGAUGGAUUGGAAAAAACUGAAAAGGAUAUUUUUCUCCAUAUUGCUUGUUUUUUCAAGGGAUUUAAGAAGGAUUACAUUACAAAUAUACUAGAAACUUGCAAUUUAUAUCCACGUUAUGGUAUUCGCAAACUUAAAGAUAAGUGUCUCAUAACUGAUCAAUGUGGCAUAUUGUGGAUGCAUGACUUGUUACAACAAAUGGGCAUGGAAAUCGUUCAACAAGAAUCUGAAAACCCUGAAAAUCGUAGCAGGAUAUGGUGUUAUAAGGAUGCUUAUGAAGUGCUAACUGAAAAUACGGUACAAGGGACUGAUAAAAUUCAAGCAAUGAUAUUGCACUCGCCUGAACCAGUAACCAUGAAAUUGCAGGGUGAACCUUUUGAAAGGAUGAAAAAUCUUAAAUUUCUUUUAGUUGAAAAUGUACACAUUUUUUGUGAAGAAUUUCAAUAUCUUCCUAAUGGGUUACGGUUACUUGAAUGGCAUAAAUUUCCUUUUUCCUCCUGGCCUUCUAAAUAUUGUCCUCAAAAGCUUGUUGCACUCAACAUGAGUUGGAGUAGUGGCAUUAGAAUGGAGAAAAUAUUCAAGCAGGGUUUCCAAUUUAAUAUUUUAAAACAUAUGAAACUUGAGAGUGACUCCAUUACAGAAUUACCCAAAUUGUGUGUCCCAAGCCUAGAGACAUUGGACCUCUCUUAUUGUGGUGAAUUAGUUACGGUUCAUGAAUUGUGUGCCCCAAACCUAGUGGAAUUGAUCCUUGAUUGUUGUUAUAAAUUAGUUACGGUUCAUAAGUCCGUUGGAUUUCUUGAUAGGCUACGGAAAUGGCACCUCGGCGACUGUGAGAGUCUUCAAAAUCUUCCAAACAACCUCAGGUUGAAAUCGCUCGAAGACUUUUAUCUUCGUGAUUGCUCUAUGCUUGAGAAAUUCCCCAAUAUUCAUCAAGAAAUGAAAUGUUUAAAGAGGUUAGAUUUAUAUCAGAGUGGCAUCAGAGAGUUGCCUUCAUCAAUCGGGUAUCUUACUCAGCUUAAUGAAUUAUUUUUAAAUUGUUGCCACAACCUGAGGGAUCUUCCAGACAGCAUCUACAAAUUGCAAAUGCUUCGCGGCUUCCAUUUUGAUAGUGCCAAAUUGAGACCACCGUGUAAUUCUUUUGAUGGUCUUUCCGAAUAUGGGUUUCUAAGCUUAUAUGAACUGAGAUUCAGUGGAUAUCGUGGAAUCAAAUUAGAAUUUUUGAUGAAGCCCAAUUACUUUCCCGUAUUGAGACUUCUAGAUCUAGCUAGCACUGAUAUUGUUAGCAUCCCUGAAAGCCUAUACAGAUUUACUACGUUAGAAACCCUUUUUAUAGAUCAUUGCCAGCAGCUACAACAAAUUUUUGGGCUUCCACAAUCUUUAAGAAUUUUACUUGCAGAGAACUGUCCGUCAUUAGAUGCACAAUCCUCAAGCAGAUUAUUGGAUCAGACUGGAGAAAUUAUAUGUAAAGGAGAAAGAAGCGUAUAUGUGUAUCCAAGGUGGUUGAAUCCCAAGCUUCAAAGUAGAGAUUUGUUCCGUCAGGAUGUUAACGAUAGGCAUUGUUUUAUGGUACCGUAUACAGAGAUUCCAAGGUGGUUGAAUUCCAAGCAUCAAAAAAGUGUUUGAAAUUCCAUAUCAUUCUGUGUUGGUCGCAAAUUUCCAAAUGUUUUUGCCGUCUAUUUCGCUUUUGGACUGGAGAAGCAUCCAUUACCCUCCUAUAUGGUUGAAGUAAAUGUUUACCUCUCCAUUAAUGGUUUUGAAAAAGUUUGGAUUGAUUGCAUUACCCUAAAUCGUUAUGCUUCUAAUACAUUGGGGAUAUGUUCUAGAGCACAUCUCAAAUUGCAGAUGCUGUUGGAUGAAUCAAAUCCAUCUGAUUACAAUCACGUUGAGGUUACAUAUGAAUGGGCCAAAGAGACAGAUCGCAACAACCCUCCUUGUGAGAUUAGAAGGUGGGGGGUCAAAGUAGAAUGUAUCUGUUGUCCUCAAAUGAUGGCCCUUACCCUGGAUGACAAUGAUUCUGACUCCGAUCUGAUUCUACCAUUAAAGAAGAGGAGAAAAUAUUGAUUGAAUUCGGGAAAUAUAUAUAUGCCAAGGAUACACCAGAGCAUAUGACUAUAAGUUUUUUUCUGUAUGACGAAGUAAAGAGUUUAAUCAAGCAUAUAAUGGAGAUGGGGUUACUAUAAUUGUUAUGAGGAGUUUGAUAUGGGUUCAUCUUCAAUGGGACUUACUUUGUUGACAAUGAUUCUGACUCCAAUCUGACUUCACCAUCAAAAAAGAGCAGAACAUAAUAUUUGGAUUUGAAAGAAAUAUGCCUCCAUCUGAGCAUAGCCUUGAAACUAUUCUCUCCUUUGUUGUUUCCUUUUGAGUGUUCGACUUCUUUUGCAUUUUAUGACAAGGAUCCUUUUGAAUGUAUUUUAUGUUGAUGUACUUCAUGCUUAUGCAAUCGGUACAACUGCUAUGGUAGGAUAGGUUUAAUUAGCACUAGUUUCAACUUGGAAGAAUUUCCAUGCAAGGGGUCAAAGAUUCUAGUUUCCUGUCAAGUUUUACUGUUGCAAUUAUGCAAGCAUUGUCCACUGUGAUACAGAAGUCUUCGAGCUUCAGCUAAUAAUUUUUCUGGUUCCACAGUUCUUAACCUCCUACUGAGCCAGUCAUUAUCAUUAUAGACAGUACUAAGAAAGAUGGAGUGACAUAGCGGAUGUAGGAAGUAAUUGAUUGCGUUCUUGUUUGUUCCAUGUAGUCGGACACACACGCACACGCACAUAUAUAUAGUACUUCCUAGACUUGCUUUACAUACUACCAAAGCUGCUCCAAAUCCUUGUCAUGGACUAAACAUGUUGUGAGGUAAGCUGUGGAUAGUGCUUCUAUGAAGUCCAUACUUGUAGAGUUUGUGUUAUUUCUUAUUUUACCUUUUCAUUUUCAGCAAAGGUCAUCUGGGCUUUUAAAAUGAGGCAGACUAAAUUAUCUUGAAAUUAGCAGGAUUUUUUUUCUGAUGGUAAUGAUUUAGAGGAGGAAGUGAGUUUUAUAGUCCUUGAAACUUUUUUUUCUUUUAACCACAUGAUUUGUUCUUUGGGGAUUUUGUUUUCAAAAAACUUCCUUCAUUCUUGAUAUUCCCUUUCUUUUUCUAAGUUUGUAAUAUUUUUCAAGGACAAUCCUAGAAGACCUGUCAAAUUUCAUUAUAGUUAAGCAUACAUACGAGGAUUUUGUGUUGUUAACUAUCUUAGACCUUCUUGUCCAAUAUAAUGUCUUAGAUAGAUGUUUGUAGCUUUUUGAUCCACUGCAUGUUUGGCUAACUUUUCUCCUUUGUUGAACUCUUCUCAAUCAGAGUUUUAAAUGUCAAGAUGAUGAUACUUUAUACUAUCCUAUGGUGUACCAUAAAUUUCUAAGAUAUAUCCUCUUCAUUAUCAACAUUUAUUUCCUGUAGUUAAAAAAAGAAAAGCUCUACCACAAUAUUGGUUGAUUUUUUUGCUUUAUACUUCACUAUAAACAUGUUAACCAUUAGCUAUGUGGGGCAUGAAAAUUGCAUCAUUUAUGACUAAAAUUCCUUUUACGUAGACUCAGAUAUUACAGACUUCUUUCUUUUUCUUUAUUUUUAUUCGAUUGCAAUAUGAUUUUGCAGGGAGUUGGUCCCUUUAUGUUAAGAAUUGCAAUAUAAUUUUGCAGGUUUGUCUCACUCUCUGCCCCCCGGGCUCUUGGACCCUGAGUGUUUCAUGCUCUUGAGUUUUCUAUUUGCAGAAGCUCCUCAAUGCUUGAUGUAAUCUUCUAUUGAAAUUCCCAAGUUAGAUGAAUUGUCUGAUGGUUCAAUUGAGAACUCUACUACUCCAUAAAGGGCACCUAAAUUUGCUACCAGAAAAUUUAUGGCCACUGAUUCUAUUCUUUAUGGCAGAUAACUCGAGGAAUUUGUUGAGCUUCAGGGCUUUGGACUGAAACCGAGCAGCAAUUCCCAAGUAGAGCCAUGCUUGACUCAUGUUUACAGUGGGUCGUAGCAUUGGAAAGGAGAAAUAAUUUUGUAAUUAUAGGGGUUGGAAAAAACAGAAUGAAUCAUCUUUAGUUUUUGUUGUAGUUAGAUUAUGAUUUUGUCAAUUGAUAGCUAAUUAUGAUUUUAGGCCAGUUGAAUAUAAAACUACCCUGAUUUUAGUCAAUUGAUAACUAAUGUAGUUGUAGUCUAUCAUAAUAUAAGCUUCCACAAAUUCAAUGACACCAUUAGUCUCCCUUUCAUGAUCUGAUUUAUCAUUCUUUGCGUGAGAAUUGUAUUUCAAAUGUAUGCUGUAAUGUAAUGUGACCUAUCAUGUUCCUAUAGAGCUAUAGGAGUUGAAGCAACUUCAUAAACAUGCUCCAAAAUUUUGUA